AGAAGAAAGAAGACGCGCGGAGCUGGGGAGGUGGGAGUGUCUCGUGCGACAGGAAGGAGUUAAACACAUGUGGUUGAAAAGAACACACGAAGGACCAGGAUUUCAGCUCAACAGCUAACAAUGAAAAAUGAAAUUGCGGCGGUGGUAUUUUUCCUAAAGCGGCUGAUAAAGAAGGCUGAGAAGUUAGAUGCAGGAAAGGUGGAUCUGUUUGUGGAGCGGUUAACGGGAGCACUACAGGAGAAGUACAAGGGUCACUGGUAUCCAGACAAUCCCAGCAAGGGCCAAGCAUUCAGGUGUAUCAGAGUUAACCGGUUCCAUAAAGAGGAUGCAGAAUUGCUCAGAGCUUGUGCUGAAAGCGGAGUGCAGUACAAAGACCUUGGUCUUCCUAAAGAGCUCACUCUUUGGGUUGACCCUGGAGAGGUGUGCUGUAGGUACGGUGAGAAGAACCAUGGUUUCACUGUGGCCAGUUUCUCAAGCGACGACGAUGAUGAUAAAGAGGACGUGACGAAGAAAGUGACAAGUGCUGUGGAGAGGGUCACAUCAGACUACCACUCUGGAUCCUCCUCGGAUGAGGACAACAGCUGUAGAGAACCUCUGUUCACCCCACCAUUCCACAACCACCCUCCAUACCAGCUUAUGUAUGCCAGUGCCCCAAUGUGGCAGCCAGUACCAAGGAGGAAAUUCAUCACAGGGAAAGGGCACUACCAUCCACGGCCACACUACAUGAUCCGCCUCCCUUAUAGACCCACCCACUCGUUUAAGCCACACAGCUGGGUCCAGCAUGGGUACCACAGCAAGCAUGGAUACUAAGAAAGCACCCCAGCUUCUGUGACCACUGCAACUAUGUUGGUUUAUUGGUGUUAGUGUGAGGGUUGUUUUUUGAAGUUACCACUAAGAUGACUGACCAAAUGUUUUAAAAUGUAUUUUUGUAGUUCUAUUGUCACUGUUUUGACUUUGUGACAGGUCUAAUUUUUAAAGAGAGAUUACAGUAACUGUUUGCACUUUAGAUUAUUUGAUAUGUAUAAGGGAAACUUCGUUCUUAUUGGAUUAGGAAUAUUUGAAGUAUUUCAAUUUGUAUGGUAAUGGAAAAUAUUUGCUGUAUUUAUAUUUGUUAAAUGGUACUUUGUAAUUUAAUAACACUUUACAUGUUUUUGUGAUAAUUUCAAUGACCAAAUGUUUUAUUUAUUCACAGUAAAGUAUUAUGUAUUGCAUAGACCACUUAAAUUAUGGAUAACAUUAAAUUUCUUCAUAUACUGUAUAUGUAAAAAAAGUUGAAUUUUUAAUUAUUUGAUGCUGUAGAUUUGUUAAAUCACUAGGUGGCAGCAUAAGGCAAUAUUUCUUUACCAUAUAACCGCACACUUUGAAGUGGGCAUAACAUAUUUGACUUGUGUUAUAGACAGCACAGGACUGAAAAAAUAGUUCAGUACUUUUUUUUUUUUAUUGACCAGUUUUCUCAAGCACUGCUGCUUUGUUAUUUUGAGAUGUAUAAUGUUUGUAAAAAUGCACAAGUGGCACAGAUUUGUUUUUCUGUUACUUGGUUCAACAAGUUCAGUAUGUUGGCCACACCUUCCUCAACUGAGCACAGCAAACUGUUCUCAAACUCUGACCAAGUUUGAGGAAAUGACUCCACUUCAUGGCUAUCAGCCCCACCAUGACAGACUCGAGAGGAAUUGCUUAAGAAUUCACUUCUUUGUUUUUUCCACACCCUUUUCUGUUAGCCAUUACUAUAAUGAGGAUCCACAGCCUACUAUUUAUUAACUUGCAAGAGAGGUUGCUGCCAUAUGGUUUACUUUCCAAUUUACUUUCAAAAUGUCACCAAAACUAACAGAAUUUGUGUUUCCAUCAGUGCAAUUGUUAUAUUUUGUAAUGCAUUGCACAUUUGAAUUUCUCAGCAUUCCAUCAGUGUUUUGUAAUCAUAGAUGUACUAAACUACUUUCUGGAAUUACACAGGACAAAGAUCAUGACUAAAUGCUUCUCAAAAAUGAUUAUGCUGUUUACAACUGCACAUUUUCUAUGCAAAUUUAGUAUUUACUUAAUGCUGAUUGCAUGAUUGAUAAUGCCACCCCCUGGAAAAGCUUGAAGCUAUGGGAUAGAAAAUAUUUAAAAUAGAACUCUUCAACAUAGCCCUAAUAUUAGGUGUCUGUUGAGUCGUAUCUGUUAGCAGGAUUGGAGAGUAACGGAAUACAUGUA